CAGCACAGUGCAGUGCUGCCCCUCAGCUGAUGCGCUCACAGCAGACCCAGCUUGGCUUUAUUUUUCCCCGUCUUCAUAUCGCUGCUGUUCGCCUUUGGCACCUUUAAUCAGAGGGCUGGAUUGGCAGCAUCCUCCCCAGCAGAGACUUCCUGAUAUGGUGAAAAAAGCUCCCGCAGACUUUGGCUUGUGGGCAGCAGAGAGGCGGGACGGUGGAGUUUUGGGAGCUCGGGCUGUACUGUGAGCAAUAGGAGAGGGAUGGUGUGAUUCUGCGAGGAGACAGAGAGGAAGAGGUAGACGCUCCGGCAGCAUCACUAAACCCCACUCCCCUCUCCUCGACCCCCUUCUGUCUGGCUGACGCUCUCCCCAAUAACACGCUCUUUCAGUCAAGACUGGCAGUUUUGAGUGGGGGGCUCAGCAACCAGAAAUCAUGUCACACACUAGGAGGAAUACGUACACCCGGACCACCAGCAGUGGCAGCAGCAGGAUGAGCUCAGACGGGGGCGGGCGGCCCGUCAAAGUGGGCUCCCUGGUGGAGGUGAUUGGGAAGGGGCAGCGUGGCACAGUGGCCUACAUCGGGACCACCCUCUUUGCCUCUGGAAAAUGGGUGGGGGUCAUCCUGGAUGAAGCCAAGGGCAAAAAUGACGGCACCGUACAGGGAAAGCGUUACUUCACCUGUGAAGAGAAUCAUGGGAUUUUUGUGAGACAGUCACAGAUCCAGCUGGUAGAUGAUGGGGCAGACACAACCUCUCCUGAGACACCUGAGCCCGGCACUGGCAAGGUUCCCAAACGAGAAAUCCUGGAGUCAGCCAAGUCUGCUAAACUGCGAGGAGUGAAACCCAAAAAGGUGCUGCAUGUUUCUCUAACCUCGACUCCUGCACCCCGGAAGACCACGGCCAGAAGGCCAAAGCAGCCCAGCCGACCUGCAGGAGGGAAGGGGGCCGCGUCUGGCUCGGCUUCAGCCUCUGCUGGGGAGAUGAGCAGCAGCGAGCCCAGCACGCCGGCACAGACCCCCCUGGCUGCUCCGGUCAUCCCCACCCUCCACUCCCCUGGAAACCCUCCAGCUCCCAUCCCCAGCAAGGAAGAUGUCACUAUGGAAACACAGGAGGCUAAAGAAGCUCUGGAGGCAAAGGAGCGUUAUAUGGAGGAAAUGUCGGACACAGCGGACGCCAUCGAGAUGGCGACGCUGGAUAAGGAGAUGGCUGAGGAGAGAGCAGAGUCUCUGCAGCUGGAGGUGGAUUCCCUCAAGGAGAAAGUGGAUGAGCUCACCAUGGACCUGGAGAUCCUCAAGCAUGAGAUUGAGGAGAAAGGCUCAGAUGGUGCUGCCUCCAGUUACCAUGUGAAACAGCUGGAGGAGCAGAACAGCAGGUUGAAGGAAGCUCUGGUCAGGAUGCGUGACCUGUCUGCGUCAGAGAAGCAGGAACACGUGAAGUUGCAGAAGCAGAUGGAGAAGAAGAACGUGGAACUUGACUGUUUGAGAAGCCAGAAGGAGAAACUGCAGGAAGAGAUGAAAGCGGCAGAAAAGACCAUCGAUGAGCUGAAAGAGCAGGUGGAUGCAGCCUUAGGCGCAGAGGAGAUGGUGGAGACUCUGACAGAGAGGAACUUGGACCUGGAGGAGAAAGUCAGAGAGCUGAGAGAGACAGUCACAGAUCUGGAAGCUAUAAAUGAGAUGAACGACGAGCUGCAGGAGAACGCCAGAGAGACGGAGCUGGAGCUGAGGGAGAUGCUGGAUCUGGGAGCAGCGAGAGUCCGAGAGGCAGAGAAACGAGUUGAAGCCGCACAGGAGACCGUAGCCGAUUACCAGCAGACCAUCAAGAAGUACCGCGAGCUCACAGCUCACCUACAGGAGGUGAACAGAGAGCUGACCAGCCAGCAGGAAGCCUCAGCAGAGCUGCAGCAGCAGCCGCCAGCAGAGAUGUUUGAUUUCAAGAUUAAAUUUGCAGAGACGAAGGCCUACGCCAAGGCUAUUGAGAUGGAGCUGAGGAAGAUGGAGGUGGGUCAGGCCAACAGACACGUUUCUCUUCUGACCUCCUUCAUGCCAGAGUCCUUCCUCCGUCACGGUGGAGACCACGACUGCAUCCUGGUGUUGUUGCUCAUCCCCAGACUCAUCUGCAAGGCCGAGCUGAUCAGCAAACAGGCACAGGAGAAAUUUGACCUGAAUGAAAACUGUGUGGAGCGAGCUGGCUUGAAGGGAGCUUUGGGUGAGCAGCUGAGCUUCGCGGGUGGUCUCGUCUACUCGCUCAGUCUGCUGCAGGCCACGCUGCACAAAUAUGAGCAAGCUCUGUCUCAGUGCAGCGUGGAGGUCUAUAAGAAGAUCGGCUCUCUGUACCCAGAGAUGAGCGUCCAUGAGCGAUCUCUGGACUUCCUUAUUGACCUGCUGCACAAAGACCAGCUGGAUGAGACGGUCAAUGUGGAGCCGCUCACCAAGGCCAUUAAAUAUUAUCAGCACCUGUACAGCAUCCACCUGGCAGAUCAGAAUGAGGACUGCACCAUGCAGCUCGCUGAUCACAUCAGAUUUACCCAGAGUGCCUUGGACUGCAUGGCUGUGGAGGUGGGUCGUCUGCGGGCAUUCCUGCACGCGGGUCAGGAAAAAGCCGAUCUCGCCGUGCUGCUGAAGGAUCUGGAGACAUCCUGUAGUGACAUCAGGCAGUUCUGCAAGAAGAUCCGUCGCAGAAUGCCUGGAACUGACGCGCCCGGCAUCCCAGCGGCACUUAGCUUCGGACAGCAGGUGUCAGACACCCUUUCAGACUGCAGGAAACACCUGACCUGGGUGGUGGCAGUCCUGCAAGAAGUGGCAGCAGCCGGAGCUCAGAUGAUGUCACCUCUCGGUGAACAGGAGGGGCUGUCGGCCGUCAAACUGGAGGACGUGGCGUUCAAAGCUGGAGAACAAAUCUAUGGAUCCCAGGGUGCCAACCCCUACGAGUAUCUGCGACAGUCCUGUAGCAUCGUCAUAGCAACCAUGAACAAGAUGGCGACUGCUAUGCAGGAGGGAGAGUAUGACUCAGAGAAGCCUCAAAACAAGAACCCUCCGCCAGUAGAUGUGCGAGCGGCAGCUCUUCGAGCAGAGAUCACAGAUGCAGAAGGACUCGGCUUGAAGCUGGAGGACAGAGAGACGGUCAUCAAGGAGCUGAAGAAGUCUCUCAAGAUCAAGGGAGAAGAGCUGAGCGAGGCGAACGUGCGUCUCAGUCUGCUAGAAAAGAAGCUGGACAGUUCAUCCAAAGAUGCAGACGAACGUGUUGAGAAGAUCCAAACUCGACUGGAUGAAGCCCAGACUCUGCUGAAGAAGAAGGAGAAAGAGUUCGAGGAGACGAUGGACGCUCUGCAGGCCGACAUCGAUCAGCUUGAGGCAGAGAAGGCCGAACUGAAGCAGAGAAUCAACAGCCAAUCAAAGAUGACCAUCGAUGGGCUGAGAGGAACCGGGCCGUCAGGAAUCGCUUCCAUUGUCACAGGAAUGGCCGGAGAGGAACAAAAAGCGAACAUGGUGUCAGGUGUCGGCUCUGGAUCGGGCGUUCAAGUGAUCGACUCACCUCUGCUGACUCAGCAGAUCGAAGCUCAGAGGCUCUGCAUCAAACACCUGAAGAACGAGAACAACAGGCUGAAGGCGGAGAAGAUGCGUGCUCAGCUCGCCUCUCUGCCUCCUCUCAAUGUGACCAAGCUUCCCUCCAAAGACGGACGUCCUGAAGUGCUCUCCAGCGCCCUCUACCGUAAGACCGAUCAGCUCCUUGAGACACUGCUGCAAAUGAGUGCCAAUGUCAAGGUGGUGGACAUCACUGGAAAAUCUCCUGUGACCCCUGGUGCUCAGCUUCUGGAACAGACAGCUAGACUGCAGUCCCUGAAUGACACUCUGGACAGACUGAAGGACGAGGUAGCAGAACAUGUCGUCAACCUGCAGCCCGGAGCCCGAGUCUCAUCUGAUUUCGCCACGUUCCCUUCGACCUCAUUUGUUAAGGUGAAGGAGGAGAAGAAGGGUGACACGGUGCUGGUGGGAAGGGUCAUGGUGCCGUGUCCCCGCGGUCAGGAGCAGGUCCACCGCCUCGUCCUGUCACAGUCGGAGCUUUGGCGAGUUCACAGUCUGCUGCGGACCUAAACAUCACAUGCCCCGCCUUCCCGCCAGCCGCACCAAAACACUCCACCACCAUCAGCUUUUUCUCCAGGGCCAAACAAGUCAAACCAGGAGGCUUUUUAGGUUAUUAGCUAUGAGAUUACAACCUGCAGCUCUGGCAUCAAAGUGCACAGGUGAAGGCUAAAACGUAGAAAUAUAGAAGUCUGAAUUUGUUAGUCGACUGACAAGCAGCUUAUUGGCAACUGUGUUAGUCAUUGUCACAUUAAGUUUUGAAGACUGAGAAGUCUUCCUCAGAUUUUUAGCGUUUUUAAAUGUCGAGGGUUUUCAUGUGUUAUUUGAAUAUCAGUGGAAUCUACACUGAUGGCUUGAAAAACAUUUCUUGUAAUUAUUCCUAUUUUAAGACAUUUUAAAAGAACUGAGAAAAUAACUGGGGAGAUUAACUACUAGUGAUUACUUUCAGUCCAGGUCAGAGGCUAAAGAGAAGGACUGUUUUGUUUUUUCACACAGCCAAAAUCAGACUGCACAUCUUUGCACAUGUGACUCGUUUCAGGCAACUCUGCAUUUGACUGAGGCCUUGCUGGCUGUAAAUUGGAACCUGGAUGAUGAGAUUGUGAUGCCAUCCUUGUAAUUUACGUCUAGAUUUUGUUUUAUGGCCAGAAAAACAGAGAUACAAGCGACAAUGCUCUUGCAUGCUGCCCAGAUUCACCAAAUCUAUGUAGUAGAAAAUGAGCCAGCCUCCUCCUGCACCCUGGUGUGGUUUAUAUUUGGCCAGAACAUUGGAUGUUGUUUCAUAUUUCCCGUUUGCAGUUAUUGCCUAACGAGAUGUGAAGAAUCAUGAGCCUGUGCUGUAAACUUUCAUGAGGUGUCACAGUGACGUUCUCCGUUUUAAGAACAUUGCUGUAAAAGGAAAGGAGCACUGAAAUGAUGGAUUUGCCGGUUUAAGUGAGCGGGCAUUGACACGGUUUUUUUGGGGUUUUUUUGCACAUUUAAUUUAAAUACUGAGCCUUCUGAAGUUAAAUACAAACUGAGGGUUUUAGUGUUUACCUCUGUGGCUUUGCUGGUUGCACAGAACAGAAAAAUAAAACAAAAACAUUAAGCUCAGUGGUUUUCCUGAAAUUCUUCUGCAGAUUUACACACAAUCUGGCUGCACUUUAGCCAGAGCAUUACAUGGUUUAAAUGAUUUCACAUAUACUACACUUUUGGUGUAACCUGUAACUGUGUAUUUUAUUGGCUUGGUAUAAAUGACACACUGGUCGCACUGGUGAUAUUCGACUGCAUUGCUUGUGUUCUGCCGAGCUUCCCGUUGCUGUAGAUUUUGUAAACUUUGUCCGAGCCUUAAACCUGCAGAGAGCCUUUUGGUAAAGAUCAGUCACCUGCCUUAUUUUCAAUUUGUUUCAACCAAACAUUGUUUAAGCAAAGCAACAUCUUUGCCAAAGAGUCUUUGUUUUUCUUCUCUUCACAUCUGCCAUGUUUGAUUUUCAAGGAGCUUUUAAUUUAUUAUUAAUUUGUCUAAUAGACUGUUUUGUUUACACAGUGCUGUCAUAACUUGAAGUUUUAUUUAUUAAUGGGAAUCUAAGUAACUGUAGUUAAAGAGGGAAAUGCAGACAUCUCUUAUUUAUUGGUUGUAAUAUUUAUCUGUGCUCUCAGUGAGCAGCUGAUGUACUGAAACUGCAGCUUGUCUUACCUUUUUCCUUGUGUGGCUUCUUGCUCAUGCACAACCAAUAACUGAUCAAUAAAGACAUUAAAACAAGCA